CAGCUCUCGGCCACCGUACAGUCCAACCUGCUUUAGACGCACUGCAUUAAACUCCACAGAGAGACAGACAGUGUCUCAGUGUGUCUCUGUCCCCCUGAGAGACAGACAGAUGGAUUCUGUGUCUCUUUUCUUUUUUCCUUCCUGCAGUUGAAACUUUCCCACAUGAAACACUUGGACCAUAAAAGGACACACAGACCCGUGACCCGCUCCCGCAGCCGCACUUUCCCCCGAGGAGGAGCUCUGCGGGCCGGCAGCGGGCUGUCAGAGUGACCGCCCCGGAGACACGGAGCUGACCCGCGCCUCCACCUGCUCCACCUGCUGCAGCUGCUCCAGCCAUGGGCUUUAACCUCACACAGCACCUCGGAUUCUUACGGAUUUUUACCGGCAAUUACUCGGAUGUUUUAACCAUUAAGACACUGCCGCUGUUUCUGCGCCAAAAUCUGCCUCAAUAAGAGCGCGCGCACACUUUCACCGGUUUUAAUUAAAUAUUCAUGUUUUUAAUGUAAAAUAUAAAAACCCGUAAAUAACCCGUGUUUGUACCCGGACCUCCUUCAGCAUGAGUCUGUGGACCAACGGCUCCUCUGCGGAUCUUUACCCCGGGACUCAGCCGCCGCUGCCGGGCACCAACUCCUCCUCCAACCGCACCGACGGCUCCCCGCAGCACCACGCCGCCCCGCUGGACCUGAGCCGGGCGGUGCCGGUGGGCAUGGUGCUGGCCUUCUUCAUCAUGUUCGCCAUCGUGGGGAACAUCCUCGUCAUCCUGUCGGUGGUUUGUAACCGACACCUGCGGAUCCCGACCAACUACUUCAUCAUCAACCUGGCCAUCGCGGACCUGCUGCUGGGGACCACCGUGCUGCCGGUGUCCGCCACGCUGGAGGUUCUGGAUUACUGGGUGUUUGGUCGGAUCUUCUGUGACAUCUGGGCGGCGGUGGACGUCCUGUGCUGCACGGCGUCCAUCAUGUCCCUGUGCGUCAUCUCCAUCGAUCGAUACAUCGGCGUCCGCUACCCCCUGCAGUACCCGAUGAUUGUCACCGAGAAGCGGGCGCUGCUCGCCAUGCUGGGCGUCUGGGUCCUCUCCAUUGUCAUUUCCAUCGGCCCACUGCUGGGCUGGAAGCAGCCUCCUUCACAGGACGACACAGUCUGUCUCAUCACUGAGGAACCCUUCUACGCCCUGUUCUCGUCGCUCGGUUCCUUCUACAUCCCCACGGCCGUCAUCCUCGCCAUGUACUUCCGCGUCUACAUCGUGGCCAAACGCACCACCAAGAACCUGGAGGCCGGUGUGAUGAAGGAGCGCCAAGAGGACUCCAACGAGCUCACCCUGAGGAUCCACUGCAGGAACCAGAACGAUCUGUGCCCCACCCCCAAGGCUGGAGGGGGCGGGGCCUCUGCCGCACGCAGCACGCUCACUGUCAAACUGCUCAAGUUCUCCAGAGAGAAGAAGGCUGCCAAGACGCUGGGCGUGGUGGUGGGCAUGUUCAUCCUCUGCUGGCUGCCGUUCUUCCUGGCUCUGCCCAUCGGUACGUUCACUGUCUUCAUCAGACCUUCAUCACUCCGCACAUUAAACAUCACACAACCUGAAAACAUCUUCACCUGUCUGACAUCACGUAGCUGCAAACAGAGAGAACCAACAAACACAGAAACUCACGACACAACACACACUGUUUACAGGAGACGUUAAAAAUAAUGCUGGAACUAGUUUUUAUCCCAAGACACUUUCACCUAGUCCUGCCUUCUUUGCUGUGAUUGGUUGGUACUCAUCACUCUGAUGUGUCCAGGUUAAGGCAGUUAGCACUGAGGCAAAGAGUUAUGUUAGCAGUGUUAAUUUUGGCAGCUAUUUUAGAUUUGGUUUC